AUGAGGAAGCUGUUCGGUAUCAAGAAGAAGGAUGAGCGCUCCUCCCGCCAUUCUCUAGCAGGUCCCCCGCCGUCGAGCUUCAAUCCCCAGGCAAAUUCAUACGCAUCUACAACUCCAGCGCAACAAUUUACCCCCGGUUCACAACCAUUUCACCAACCACAGACACCACAACAGUAUGCUCCAAAUCGACAUUCAUAUGCACCGCCUUCCCAGCAGCAAAACCAGUAUCAACCGCCGAUUCAGUCUCAACCAGCCCAGGCUAGACCGGGGGAACCAUUCCGUUCCCAAGGCGAUGACCUUUCACAAAGAGGCGAUUAUAACGGUGCUGCUGUGAUGUAUGAGGCAGCCUUGCGUGUUGUACCUAAUGAUAUAAGCUUGCUUUUGAGCAAGACCAUGGCUCUUUCAAUGACAAAUCCACCAAGGUUGGAUUUGGCGCUAAAGGAUGCCGACACGGUCAUUCAGCUCGAUCCAAGGUCGUGGCAAGGCUGGUUGGAGAAAGGAAGGAUAUUGUCGAGAAUGGGUGACUUGCAAGCCGCGGAAGAAGCCUUGACAAAUGCUGUUGGAUUCGCUUCGGAUUACGGUCGGAAUGUUGCACAGAGUGCUCUGGCAGAUGUGCGGGCUCGUCGAGCACAAUUUUCUGCAACGACGACGACAACGUCAUCUCCAGCCUUAACGUCCACGAACACCACGCCCCCGACGUUUUCGUCCCCGCCAGCUCCUCCUCCUCCUCCGCCAUUGAUUGAUGUGACAGCGCCCACCGAAAGCACAACAACUAAUCUUCCGUUGCGUCCCGCGCAAACUCCGCAGCCAACCACCACCUCAACAGCAGCUCUGAGCAGCACGAGUCCUGCGCAAACAACUCAGCAACCUAACGCCCCAACGCUCCAGCCAAAUGCAAAUUCCGCAUGGACUCCUUCUUCUCCCGGGCGUGCUACAACCCCGCGUCCAAACGUCCCAAAUGAAUCAUCGAGCAAUACCACAAGUCAAUCAGCAAGGACGAAUACUGUUAAUCGCCCUGCAAAUAACUCAAACAUGAAUCCGGGCUUCAAUGAUCUCUUAAACUGGGCGGAGAACACACCAUCAGAAGCUCCUCCUGCCUACAGCCGAAAUUUGAGCGAUCCCGCGCAACUCCAGAGGCAGAUGGAUGAGUUGACAGUAGCUCUCAGGCAGAAGAACAAAGGUGCUCUAUCUAUUAGCCCUUACACCUUAUCCGGGAAUAUCGACGCCAUACGCCUUUUGUAUAUGGGGUUAGCCCAAGCGGACCUCACUCCGAGGGAGUAUGGAACUCCAACGUAUCUCCAUCCAAGCUACAGUAUGAUGGCAGUCGGAAGUGUUAGUUACCCAGGAAGCACAUUUCUGGAUAUGGAUUGCGAAACAUCUGGUUUCUACGAGGGAAAGUAUCCAGCAACAAUCACCAUCAGUGGCUAUUCAGAGGAAUACAGAGCUCAUCAACUUUUGCAACAACCCAUCCUUAAGCUCAGCCUCGAAAGUGAGCAUCUAUACCCAGAGGUCCCACUGGGAAAGGUUGUUGAGCGCCUCCGAAAGCUGAGGAACCAGCCAUCCCUGGAAGACGAUGAGGGACUGAAAAAUCUCCUUAACUUGUCGCAGACAGCUCUUGCGCGGUCCGGAUUUCAGGCUGGUGGAACGCGGCAAACUCGAAUUUCGUUCCUAUGCAUGACGCUGACGCGCAGCCUUCACGACGCUUCCACUAGGUUCAUCGAUACUUCCAAGGAGCGAUUUUUUUGCAAUCACAUUUUCAACCCCGCUACAACCGGAAUUGGGAUGAGAAAUUUCCUUUUCCAAAUGUUGAUUGGUGCAGAGAUCCUCAUCCGCCUCAGAAAAGAGACCACGGUGACGAACUAUGCUGGAAUCGUUACCGACCCGAUUUCAGCAACGAUUGUACUGGCGGCAUUAUGGAUGGAGAACGUCGUGAUUCAAGGGCCCAAAGCUGGAGUGAAAGAAGACGAGGCGAAAGCUUGGUCUCUAUACGCAAGCCAGAACCAACGUCAAGCUGAGGCCCUCAUUCGAUUUGCAGAGGCAAUGGAAUGGCCCUACAUGGACGAAUUCCGGAGCUUUAUCGAAGGUGCUUAUGAUGAAAUUAUCUCCGCCAAACCCGUUCCGAGCUGGGAUAUUUACGAUUGGCUCUACGGACUCGUUUUACCCGGUAAAAUCUACAGGCACCGCGUCAUGUCAUGUCUUGUUCAUUCGUCAGCUACAAUUAAAUCAUUCAGCUCAGCGCCAUACUGGGAUAACGGAAUUGUUGUAAAGGACAAAAGCUAUUGGCCUCGAAGAACGGUUCUGGGUAGAGUUUUAGGUGGCCUGAAAGACGUCAAGAGUGUCUGCGGCUGGAUUGGUCCGGCGCCUGCUCCCGUUGGAAAUCUCAGCGGCUGGAUUCGACUCAAGACACGCAACGUUUCUAUUCCCGUGCCAGUGAGCACAGGCGCUAACAACCGAAGCGUCUUCCAAAGCCUGGGAUUUGAAGAGCCUGAUGGGAGGACAGAGAGUGUCCAGUCUUUCUUGAAGUCCUUCACAGACCCUGACGAAUGGAUAGAGGCACCGAGUCCAACUCCUCCCAGGCCAUACGGAGCGUUGGCUCGGGUGAAGUUCAAGGAUAUCCAACUGACCCUUCUACCAAACCCCGCGGCAGCUUCGACCACGCGGUCCGAUCUACCGCCCGAGGAAUAUCGUGCCUCGCUUGAUUUCGAGGUUGACGGACGCAAAGUCACAUGUACUCUCUACUCGAACCCUGUUUUUGUUGCGGCACCUCCAUGCGUAGGCUCCCAUGUUAUCCAUAAGCGCCAGGCAGAUAAGUACCAGAAGAAUGUUAUCAAGGCUGCUGACAUCAAAAACAAAUAUCCCCCUGCAAAUCAGCUUAUUGUUAUCGACGCUAUGGGCCCAGAUGAGGAGGUUUUUGCAAGAGCCUGGUGUGCAGAGACUGGCCGACACGCACUCGUCAGGAAGGGAGACGACUGCUGCUAUCCGUGUGCGGUAUCCGUCGCCACCGAAAGAACUGGCUUGGGUAUUAAUGUGGUGAUUAUGUGUUAGUGAGCCUUUUGUUCUCAGCUUUUGAUUAUGUAGCUAUUCUAUGGUUUCUUUUUGGUUGUUCUGAUAAGUUGGCUGCUUAAUUGCCAAAUGGAGCUGGAAAUAUACCAUACAUUGCUGUUUUGUGUGUUUUA